GUGUGUGUGUGUGUGUGUGUGUGUGUGUGUGUCCGUGAAGACGGAAGUGAUAGGAGGACUUCCCUCUGUCCAAUAAUUCAUUCCUGUGUGGACACAGUUGGAGGAACGGGUCGCUCCUGCAGAGACAUGUCUACUGCGUACAGAAACAGGAUACAGGAAUUUAAAGUAACCUUGAGUGAAGAAAACAUCAACUUGAAGACACUGAGGGAGCUGUGCUUCAAUGGAAUCCCUUUUGAAGGAGGCAUACGGGCACUGUGCUGGAAAAUCCUUCUCAAUUAUCUACCUCUCGAUCAGACGCUAUGGGAGUCUUUCCUCAAGAAGCAGAGGGAGGUGUACUCCCAGUUCCUAAAAGAAAUGAUCAUCCAGCCCGGCAUCGCCAAAGCCAACUUGGGCCUUUCCAGAGAAGACGUGACAAUGGAGGAUCAUCCUCUGAAUCCGAAUCCAGACAGCAGGUGGAACACUUACUUCAAAGAUAAUGAAAUUCUACUACAGAUCGACAAGGAUGUAAGGCGGUUGUACCCGGACAUGGCGUUCUUUCAGCGUCCCACAGAAUAUCCAUGUCAGCUUAUUUUGGAUCCACAGAAUGAUUAUGAGACGCUGCGUCGACGAGUCGAACAGACUACCCUGAAAGCACAAACUGUAAACCGCAACCGCAGUGGAGUCACCAACGUCAGCUCACCUGGAAAAGCAUUGAACCUGUAUCCAUCCAACGAAUAUGAGGUGCUGCCCAGUGGGAGUGAAGCACACUGGGAGGUGGUGGAGCGGAUCCUCUUCAUCUACGCCAAACUCAACCCCGGGAUCGCCUACGUGCAGGGAAUGAAUGAGAUUGUUGGGCCAAUUUACUACACCUUUGCCACAGACCCUAACAGCGAGUGGAAAGAGCACGCCGAGGCAGAUACGUUCUUCUGUUUCACCAACCUGAUGUCGGAGAACAGAGACAACUUCAUCAAGAGCCUGGAUGACUCUCAGUGUGGCAUCACCUACAAGAUGGAGAGUGUGUACUCCAUGCUCAAAGACAAAGACCUGGAGCUCUAUCUCAAGCUGGAAGAGCAGAACAUCAAACCCCAGUAUUUCACAUUCCGCUGGCUCACCCUGUUGUUAUCUCAGGAGUUCCUCCUGCCGGACGUCAUCCGGAUCUGGGACACCCUGUUUUCUGACCAGGACCGAUUCCACUUCCUCAUCUUGGUCUGCUGCGCCAUGCUCAUACUCAUCAGAGAGAGCUUACUGGCAGGAGACUUCACAGUGAAUAUGAGAUCGCUGCAGGAUUACCCCAUAUCAGAUGUCCACACCAUCCUGACCAAGGCCAAAGAGUUGCAGGAUAACUCCUAACCUGUUCACUCUUUUCCUCCUGCUGCCUCUCUGAUGUGGUAGGUGGGGGUUUAAACAAAAAAAAAAAAACAUUGUCAUGUCAAACAUGUAUCAUGGGAGGACUUGAUCAAUGAAGAGCCUGGACAGAUGUGUUGGGGGUCUAGAAAACCCAGCAUACUGCUUUUAAACUCUAUGUCUGAUGUUUGGUCAGUGGGGACUGUCGCUGAAACUACUCCUUCCCGGAUGUGAGAAGGAGAUGCCACCUGUUUCUUGAUGCAUUAUGGGGGGGGCGGGGGGGGGGCUCCUCUCGCAGCCAUCUCUCCCAUGGAGACUUGUUGCGCUCAGAUCAUGAUGUUUGCACUGAACAUCUGAGGGAGAAGGAGCCCGACACUACCGAUUUCAUGCCAUGAAAAUAUGCCAGAAACAGAGCCAAGAAUUUAACACGAGUCCCACUACGACCACGUACUGACCUGGUGUCAGAAACUUUUAAUUGAGUUGAGCAAUAGUGCAUGUUUUAUUCUUUAAGGGUUUUUAAUUUUUUAUUAUUUGAAGACGUUUUUAAUGUAAGGAACGUGUAUGCCUUAUUUGUUUAAUGAUGUGCAACAGGCGACAGUAUUCCUGUGUAACAUAAAUAUGAAGUGAUGGGCCACGUCUGUUGAAUAUUGUAUUGCUAACCUUCUGAGAAUCUUCAUUUGUUGAGCAAAGAUGCCUUUUGUCCCAUUGGAAAUGUGGAACUCCUCCUAGUCUUGAAAUGAAAGCAAGCUGUGCUGCUUUUCACACUGAACGUUCUGACUCAGCCUGGUGUCUACACACACCCCUCUGUAGUAGUGUGAUUACUUUAUAGCACGGUGAAUCAGUCAUGUGAUUUGCCACACAGAUACUAGUGCAAUGGUAUGGUUUUUAUGUUUUUUUUACAGGUGAUUUGUACAGAUACUACUACUUUUUUUUUUUUUUAUUGAUGCUAACAAAGAAGGCAUUAAACACAAGCAGCUGACCUGUAUGAUAGAGAUGUUCAGUUAAGUUUUUAAUAUGAAUUUCAAAAAAUCAUAUCGUGAUUAUGGCAAUAUUUCCACUUCUAGAUGUAAUGAUGUGAUACAUGGAGUUUUCAUGAGAGGUUUGAUUACAAAAGAUCAGAUGUAGAAAAAUGAGCCGCACAACAAACUUGUUUCACACCUCAAGUGGAAGCACCCGGUUGAAUAAAAGUUAUUGUGAGUUAUGGUUCUGUCAUAUCAUCAUAAAUUUAAAGUAUUCACGACAUCUUUUUAAGGGUCGUAUCACACUCCUCUCUACAACAGUCUUGAACUGACGUCAGUCAAAAGAUCACUGUUCUGACACUGUUUUCAGUGUUCUGUGCUCAGGAUACUUUUCAGUCAGUAAUAUGAGAGUAGAGAUUUUAUGUUGGGCAAAACUAUUGUGUCUACAAAUGUGUUUACAAGAAACAAAGUCAGCUUUGUUUUUGUACUGUCAUACACCGAGAUUACCUGUAAGCUCGCUACAACACAGUGGAUUCAGUAGCUCAGUGACUGUCAACUAAAGUUAUCAACAUUUCCUGUAAUGUUUUGUCUUCAUAAUAAUAAUCCAACAGAAAGACCAACAUAAAAUUGUUACCGUCACAUUCAUAGGUGCAAACAUAGACAUAAUAUAUCUGACUGUUUGAGUUGCUUAGAUAAGUCUUUUCCUCGCUCCUGAUCUCUGCCAUCAUCAGCCAUAACCAAAAAAAUCGACCGUCAAAAGAAAAAUCCUCCUCCUGCUUCCUUUUGACUUUAUGAUUAGCAUUAAAAAAACGCUUUCCCUUUUAUCUGCUUAAGAGUAGCGUGUUAAAGUAGCUGAAGUAGCAUGACUGAACAAAUCUUCAAAAGUCAAAUUCUGUGUCACUCUGGAAACAGGCAUGCAGUUGAUUGUUGUUAAGGAAGUCAAACCCUCGUUAACUUGGAGUUAUUAGCUAAGCUCUCCCAGGCGUUGUGGUGUAGAUUAACCUUUGCUUCAGCCUGAUUAACGUUCAGUGUGAACACCAGCACAGCAUGACAGAGAGCGCUGAUUCCAAUGUUUUAUUAUUGUAUCCUGUAUCGUGCACAUACCAUAUAAUCUGUGGCGUACGUGUCACGGCUUGAUCAAAUCUAGAUUACGAUGUGAAUGUGUAUCUGCAAACUGAAAUCUACCACUGCGUAAUAUACGGUUACAAGCUCCUAACAUUAAUUAGGUCGAUCAGUGGGGAAACAGACAAGAAGUAAUGUCAUAAAAUGUGUUGGUGAUACUUAUGCUUUAAAUAAAUUAUUGAAUGCAUCCUCAUAUGAAGGCACUGUGCGCUCGCUGAGGAAACAGACUGUUGCUGAAGAGCUCAUUGUAACUCACUCAUCAUCUCAUCUUGUACAAAGUGCAGGAUUUUCACAUGUGGCCCUUCAUAUUCACGCCUCCCCCCAAAAAAUGUAACAUACAUCAGUUCCAGGGCUACUUAAAUAUUAACGUAUAAUUUUUAAUGAUUUUUAUACACACUCCUUAGAAAUUGGAUGGGGCAUUAAAAAGUAUCACUUUUCUGUCUGGGUUUUCUGCUACCGAAGAUCAAAUCAAAUCUUACUUGACCAUCCAAGUAAAAAAACACACUAUAGAAAUGUAGUCUUUAAUAUUGUUGAGGUGUGUGUGUGUGUGUGGGUGUGGGUGUGGAAGCUCUGUUUACUUUUAACAAACAGUAUGUAACAAUACAGUUCUUUUAAAAUUGUUAAUAAGCUGCUCAAAGAACAUUUUUAUUAGUUUGGGGCCAGGUGUCUCUUUCGGUAAAACCGACAAGGAUAUUCUGCUAAAUUGAGUUAGAUAUGACUUAAAAACUCCUAACACA